UCUAUUGUAGUUGCUGCGACAACGGUGUGACGCCGAACUGUGAGCUUGUGGGGUCUCUAGAGGAAUAUGGGGAAAGACUACUACUUGGCGUUGAAUCUCACUAGGAGUGCAACUGACGUUGAAAUUAAGAAAGCCUACAGAACACUUUCUCUCAAGUACCAUCCGGAUAAGUCAAGAGAAAGAGGUGCUGAAGAACGAUUUGCUGAAACAGCGGAAGCUUAUGACGUUCUCAGUGAUGCUAAACGAAGAGCCGUUUAUGACCAAUUCGGAGAAGAAGGGUUGAAAAGCGGUGUCCCAACUGGAGAACCAGGUGGUUUCACCGGAAGUUACACCUACCAUGGCAACCCACAGAAGACCUUUCUUGAUUUCUUUGGAGCAGACAAUCCCUUCAGUCAAAUGUUUGAGCCACCAGACCCUCUUUCGUCUGUUCCUCCCUUUGGAGGCAUGUUUGGUCGUGCAAAACCGAAACAAGACGAAGCAGUAGAGAAGGAGCUGUGGCUGACGCUGGAAGAGGUUUAUUGUGGAAGCACAAAGAAAAUGAAGAUCUCGAGGAGAGUUCUGAAUGAUGAUGGUCAGACAUCAAGCAUCAGAGAUAAAAUAUUGACGAUAUCAGUGAAGCCGGGAUGGAAGGAGGGUACACGAAUCACGUUUCUGAAAGACGGUGAUCAGGAACCAAACAACAUACCGUCUGAUGUCAUAUUUGUUGUGAAAGACAAGCCACAUCCCCACUUCAAACGAUCAGGCACAGACCUGCAUUAUACGGCAAAAAUCUCACUAGUUGAGGCUCUUACAAGCACUACAGUUGAUGUGACGACUUUAGAUGGACGAGUGAUCACCGUGCCAGUUAAUGAGAUUGUCAGGCCGGGCUUCACCAAGGUAGUAGUUGGAGAAGGCAUGCCGCUGUCAAAAUCACCAAACAAGAAAGGCGAUCUUGUUCUACACUUUGACAUCAAGUUUCCAAAUCAGCUGACACCAACACAAAAGCAAGCCAUCAAACAGACUUUGGGAAAGAGCAAAUAACUGCUAGACAGACUAAUGCAGACUUGUACACAAAUAGAGAUUUUAAGUAAAACACGUUUGCUGUAUACAUAUAACUAGCAAAUCCAGUGUUACCUGUA